AUGGGCCCGACUGGCGAGCCAACGUCUAAACUGUCAGAGAGAAAGAAGGACGCGCUGGCGCAGGCGGGAAGGCGGAAGCUUGAGGAGUUUAGGCAGCGGAAACGAGCCGCUGUGGCGUGUACAGGGGCAGGAGCCAAUGGUAUGCAGCAAGAAGACGGGACACGUGAUCGGGUGUGCAGACAAGCAACUACUUCCAGGCGUGUGGCUGGGAAUCAACACGCGAACAAGAAGGAUAUUGGGCUCGCAGAACAAUCAUGCGAUCGCCCCUCACUGCAUAGCUACUGGCUCCUCUCCGCACAGUUAUUUGAUUACUCGCUUGAUUUCUUACCAGCGAUCCUGGCGGUAGUCAUGGCUGACGUAGCAGCUAAGCCGGCUUCUGCUGGCGCUAAGAAGAACGAAUUAGCUCAAGCAGGUCGAAGAAAACUCGAGGAGUUUCGCAAGAAGAAAGCGGCAGCGGCAGCAGCGGGCGGGUCUGCGUCUUCCCGAACAGCGACCUCCUCCGCAGCUAAACCAGCAGCCAAGCCCAUCUCCGCGUGGAAUCCGCCUCCGCCUCAGCAGCCGGUGCCACCUCGCGCCACAGCCGCUGCUCCUCCCGCUAUAGGCCCACCCGCGUUUCAAUCACAUCCGAAUUCCUUCGCUCCGCCCUCUCUAACACGGCCGUCAGCGCAGCCUGGCUUAGCCCAAGCUCCCGCAGCCCUACCCACGUUUAGAUCCGCCAACUUUGGAUCUCCUCUCACUCCCUUCUGGCAGCAAUCUCAGCCGUCCAUUUCAGCCGCUAACGGCCUCCCUCAUCCUCCGGGGCCCCCAGUUUCGGACGCAGCCAAUGCCGCUGCUCCACCUGUACCGUCGUCUGGAUAUCCCGCCGCGUCCACAAGGCCGGCAGCGGGGAUGCAGCCGCUCCCGUUCGCGGCGAAGGGACCUCUGGUAACUUUCGCGAAACCUAGCGGGGUUACAGGUCCCGGCCCCGGUGCAGCUCCCCCCGCUUCCGCGCUUUUUUCCGGACCUAGGGCUCCCGUGCAACCUUCCCUCGCGCGGACGUUUUCCCCCCCGCGCGAGCCUUCUUUUCCCGCGCAACCCGCUUCCCGAUCCGGCCUUGCGCCAGCCCCGCGCGUUGCGCCUCCGCUCGCGCGCACCUUUUCCCCACCCGCGGAAGCGUCUCAAGCGCAGAAGUCCGCCGGUGCGCCUCCGCCUGCCUUCCUAGGCGCGCCAAGCCACGCACUUUCCGCCACCGCAGCCGCUGCGCCUAGCCCCGCAAAGCCUUCCCUCCUCCGCCCCGCGCCUGAUGCGCAGCCCUCCCGCGCAUCCCCUCCGCCACCCGCCUUCUCCGCGCCCCCGCCAGUGAAGGUCGGGGGAGGCGCGGACGGCGCACGACCCCGUCCGGAUUGGAUGGGGGGAGGCUCAAGUCAAGGCAAAGGGAUGGGCCCGCUUUGGGGGUUACAGGCACCUUCAGCAGCAGCCCCCAGGCCGAUGGGGAAGCCUGCUCGCGCGUCCUUCCUCCCUUCCGCCUACACCUCCGCUCUUCCCUCCUCCUCCGCUGCCUCCCCUUCCCCCUCUCUCUUCGUCCCCUCCCGCGCGCCCCACCUCUCCGCCCCAGCUCCAGCUAUAGCGGAUAUAAACUCCCCCGUUGCCUCUCUGGUGACGUCAGUCGCAGCCCCCACGAGCCAGUCCCCUGCUGCCACGCGUCAAGAGGAUAGUGGCGAUUCAAAAGCGGGUUCGAGUCCUGACUUUUCGUCUACUGCCCCUGCCGCAGAUGGUUCUGAGUCGCUGCGUUUUGCAGCGUCUAGAGGCGCGGAUACAGCUCAAGCGAGUGCUCUCCCUGCUACCCCUCCAUCAGCUUCAGAGUCAGCUUCUGUGCACAGCCAGAAGGAAGGCACCAACGAGCCUUCACAGGGCAAUGGCGACGCCUUGGUUGGUCCUGAGCCGGUUUCAACUAAGGCGCUGCCACAAGAGGAGUCUUCCGUUGCUGAGAAGCUGAAAUCGCCUGAGAGGCCUAAGGGUUCGGCCUUUGCGCGUCUGUUCUCCGCUGCUCUUUCCCCGGCCCGGGGAAUGAUGAGGGGCGACGGCGGCAGGGGCAGAGGGAGUGGGAGUGACGCUAGGGUUUCGGAGGGUGAGGAGCUGGGGCGACAAGGAGGGUCUCUGGAGGGGUUGAGAGAGGUGGAGACGGAUAAUCAGGGAGCUGUAUCAGAGAGUGUGGAGGGAGGAGGGGACGGCAGAGCAGCGGGAGCAGCAGACGGGGUAGGGGUUCCUAGCCAGGAGGCAGUGAGCGACGUGCAGGGAAUGGUUGAGACGCAAGGGAAGGUUCAUACUGAGAAUGAAGCGGGCUGGCAUAAGCAGGAGCUAGAGGGGCGUGAGCCUGCGAAGGGUGGUGAUUUGCGGGGGCAGGAAGCAGGGGAGGGGGCGCAGGAGCGAGCGGGAGCAGCGGAAAGCGGGCAAGAGGGCGAGAAAAAGGAGGAGGGAGAGGUGGGUGGCGGGGGUGCGUAUGGUGAGGAGAGUGACGAGGUGGGUGGGAGGAAGAACGAGGUCCAGAAAGGGGCGGAUGGGGGCCGUGACGGUUCAUCCCGCCGCCGACCUAAGUCUAUCUCUUCUUGGUGGAAUAUCAUCGCCCCUGCUCCCAAAUCAGAGGACAGGGCAGGAACGGCGAAGGGGGCGGAGGCUGGGAGUAGAGAGGUGCAGGAGGGAGAGGAGGGAGAGGAGGAUGACGACUGGGGCGUGGGGCUUUUGGGUGGCAAGGGGAACUUGGGAGGGCAGGGUCUAGGGGGAGGAAAGAGCCUGUCAGCCUCGGAUUUGAUCAAUGUGGGGCAGGCUGUGAAGGGGGCGGGUGAUGGGACGAUGGGGGGUGAUAUGAAGAUGGGGGUUGAUGAGGUGCCUGCUGGUAGGUGGCAGUCGUGGGGUGAUAGAGGGCAAAGCCAAGGCGUGCAUGGCGGGCAGCAGGCGAAAGGUCUGCAAGGGAGGGAGUGGGAGGAGCGGGAGGAGAAGCAGGUGAAGGAUUCGGGUGUGAAGGGGGAGGCGGUAUCUGGGGCAAAGGGGGAGGUGGUAUCUGGGGCGGGUGCAGCGAGAGCGGAGGAGAAAGAGGAGGGGCGCAAGCAGGAGUCGAGGGGAGGGUUCUCAAGGCCCUCGUGGUUGAGAGGGCUGAGGAAGCUUGCCUCUGCUGCCACCACUCCCUCUGCCUCCCCUCAAAAAGUCUUCCCAUCCCCUGACCUAGAUCCCUCCUCCACUUCCUCCUCUUCCUCAUCCACUACCUCUUCCUCCUCCUCUUCUUUCUCCUCCUCCAGCACAGGCACGGUUACCAGUGUUACCACCUCCUCAUCUCCCUCCCUCUUCGACUCGCCUCUCAAGCCAGCUGCUCAGAAGGAACUCACCUUCCCUCGCCUCACCCCUUCCUCGCACCAACCCAGCCUUACUGACUCCCCCACCAAAUCCUCCUCUCUCACCUCUCUCCUUCCCAAACAUUCCUCUGAAGAGCCUCACCAGCCCUCCUCCUCCCUCGCCUCUGCAUCCUCGCUCCCUGUUUCUUCCUCCGCCCUUUCCCUUGACUCCCCUCGCAAAGAAUCGUCCUUGAAUAAUCUCAACGACUCGCCUCCUCGUGCCUCCACUAUUCGCUCCUCCUCUCCCUUUCUCCCUUCCACCACUGCCACUCCCUCCUCCUCUCUCUUCGACUCUCCUCCUCCUCCCACAAAGCCUCUGCCAUCUUCUCUCUUUCCCUCCUCUGCAGCCACGCUCUCCUCCCUUUCCUCUCUACCCUACAGCUCCCCCACCCUCUCCUCCUCCUCCCACUCCUCUUACUCCUACCCCUCCUCUCUCUCUUCACUCUCCUCCUUCCCUACGCUCUCUUCUUCUAAAGAUGUCCUUAGUGGUGCGCUAGGAGGAGGAACAACUACGAAGGACCCUCUUUCAGGAGCCUUAGGCAGUUCCAAAGACGUAUUAGCUGGCGCUUUGGGUGGCAGCAAAGCCACGUCGGCUGCAACUGCCUUCUCCUCUUCGUCUAUUUUGGGAAAGUAUUCCUUUUCGGGUGCAGCAGGGUCCUCCAAGGGUGCUGCAUCGAGCGACUUUGCUUCUCUUGAACAGUACAUAGAGGAGCUGACAGAGGAGAAGUUCACACUGCAGCGGCAGCUGGAUGCAGCUCGAAUGGUAGCUGAAUCCCUGGCGAAAGAGAAUUCUGCGCUUACAGAUGACUUUAACAGACAGGCGAAGGGGUUGGAGCAGAUGAGGGAGGAGAUUUCGAAACUCAAGGCUGAGGUGAAGGCGCAGAAGGUGGUGAUGGAGUCGCAAGCAGUGUCGAAAGAGGCAGCUCACCACGAGUCUCUAGCUGCUAUCGAGCGAUCGCAAGCUCUGGCAGCCGAGGUGGUGGCGCUGGAGGAGCGGGUGCUGCGACUGCGAUCGAAUGAGCUCAAGCUGGAGCGACAGGCGGAGGGGCUGCAAGCAGAGGCAGAGGCACAGCGGCGUGCUGCAUCAACCUUUGAGGCGGAGAGGAAGGAGCUCCGUGCCGCUGUGGAUAAGCUCAACGAAGAGAAGCGUCAGCUCAAGGUGCAGCUGAGGAGGGCGACAGUGGGCGGCGCACUCGGCGACAUGUGGCGGGGCGACAGCACGUCCACGUCAGCAGCAGCGCCAGCUGUACCGUCCGUGAGCCAAUCAACGUCAACGGAUGAGCUGGAUGCAGCCUUUCUGAGCCAAGCAGGGCCGUCUGCCGAGGCAGGAGCGUCAGGCUCGGCAUCUGUUCCUGCCGAGGCAGUCGCAGCAGGCUCGAGCACCGAACCAGCCAGUGGAGGCUCAGCAGGGGUAGUAAGGGAUGACGAAGGCUCGGCCGGACCUGCUGUGGAGGGCGAGGGAGCAGGAGAGCAGGGGAGGAGGAGAGAGGAAGAGGGGGAGACGUUAGGGGAAGCUGGAAGAAGAGCAGUGGAAGAGGUUCGGGCACUGUUCACGCGAAUGGAAGAGGAAGAGCAGAGGAGUAUGGAGAGCAUUAAUGCACUGCUGGCAGAGAUGCAAGCAGAGAGGGAGCGGAUGGCACGCACACUCAUGGAGGAGGCUGCCACGUCAGCAGAGCUGCGGGCGGCAAACGAGGAGCUAUCACACAAGCUGGCGAGCCAGACGCAGCACAUGGAGCUGCUGGUGGCUCAAACCGUCAUGGCCGCUGCUUCCUCUGCCUCUCGAUCCGCCUCGGGCGUUUUGAGCUCCCGCAUGCCACGCGCCUCCUCCUCCUCGGCUGCUGCUGCUUCUGCUGCGAUUGCACCUGCCCCUGGAGCUGGUGCAUCCUCUGUACCCACUGAUCCUGGAAAUCCAUCUUCUGCUGCUGCUGCGGCGGCUGCUGCUGCUGCUGGUGCUGCUGCUGGUGCUGGUGCUGCCUCUGAUGCGGCUACUGCUGCCGGUGCUGCAACGACUGGCGCGGGUGCUGGCUCCAGUACUGGUCCUCAUCUCCUCCCCCCUUCUUCCAGCAUCCCUCCCGCCUUUCUCUCCCCAACUGCCAAAUCACUCUCUGCGCCUCUGUUAAGCCAGGCAAACGGACAAGUGUCGCCGGCCGCUGCUGCUGCAGCCACUGCGCUGCUGGCAGGGGCGGGAAGGUUAAGUGAAGGCGGAGGCGGAGGGCCAGGGGGAGUGGGGUCGCCUCGAGCAGGAGGGGGACUGGGAUCGCCACGCACACCAGGCGCAUCGGGAUACACGGAGUUCAAUGAUUACCUGGAUGAAGGGGACGAGUUGAGUCGAGUGUCUCAUUUGGUGAGGCUCUACGUCACUUGUUUGACUCAAUGGACCCGCCUGUUCCUGAUGCGUCUCCAGUGCUUGACAUGCCCCGUGUGUGUUGUGCUCCCUCCCAUUCCUGCCUAA